CUAUAUCCUUCAAACUUUGAAGAAUGGCAAUCAAUUUUUCUGUUUUCUUCUUCACCUUUUCUCUCACUUUUCUUCUUUCCUCUGCCACCCAAUUCCACAAAUCCGCCCCCGACUCCGCUCCCUCCAUGGUUCAUAUCAUUUACACCGACCGACCUCUCAAUGAGACUCCUGAAGCCUAUCACAUCCGAAUCCUAACUUCUGUUCUCGGCAGUGAAGAAGCUGCUAGGGAAGCCCUUGUGUAUUGUUACAAGGAUUCUGUCAUUGGCUUCGCUGCGAAGCUUACUCCCGAUCAGGUCGAGAAGAUUACGAAACAACCAGGAGUUCUCAAUGCUGUGGAAAGCCAUAGCUAUCAUUUGGAUUCAAAAGGAGAAAUGCUUACAUAGAAGAACUUCCAAUUCUUCCCUUUAAAGAAACUGCAUUUGGUGUAUCUUGUAUCUAUUUCCUAUCAUAAAGAAGCUCAUGGCUUCUAUAAUUUCUAUAAUUAUAAAUGAUAAAUGAUCAAAUAUCCUCCUA